GAAUUGAACCCCACAAAUCUCGGAUAUUGAUUUUCUAAUUUUUGCAUGCAACCCAUUGGCACCCUUUCUAAACCUAAACCCUGCCCUCUCAACUCUUUGGUCUCUCUCAAAAACUUACCGACAUCUAGAGAGAGAAGAUCCCCUCCGUCAUUCUCCGGGGACCCUCCUUCUCUCUCCCACGGGGUCCGUCUGUCUGGUGUAACGUAUGUACAGCCCCCUCUCAUUUUCACUUUCUAAUACACCAUGAUAACAUUAAUUUGAUUCUGGCCCCAUCAACAUUGGUGCAUUAUUUCCGUCUCCUUUUAAAUCUGUGAGAGGAAAUUAACAUGGGCGCACCAUUUGAGGGAAUCAUUCAAGAUGUCAAAGGAAGAGUUAAAUGCUAUAAACAAGAUUGGGUCUGCGCAAUCUGUUCCGGCGUUAGCAUAUUGGCUCCAACUUUCUACAUAUUUUCUGCGUCCGCUCUUCCGGUUAUUGCUUUCGGAGAACAACUUAGUAGGGAUACAGAUGGAAGCUUGAGCACUGUAGAAACAUUGGCAUCUACUGCCAUUUGUGGAAUUAUUCAUUCAAUUAUAGGUGGCCAACCUUUGUUGAUUUUAGGAGUUGCAGAACCAACUGUUAUAAUGUACACUUAUCUCUACACUUUCUGCAAAAAUACACCUCAAUUGGGUACCAAGCUCUUUCUAGCUUGGGCUGGUUGGGUUUGUGUUUGGACGGCAUUGAUGUUAAUUUUGCUUGCAAUUUUCAAUGCUUGCAAUAUUAUCACUAGAUUUACAAGAAUUGCAGGGGAGUUAUUUGGCAUGCUAAUCACUGUUCUUUUCUUUCAAGAGGCUAUAAAGGGACUGGUAGGCGAGUUCAGCACUCCCAAGGUUGAAAAUCCUUCGUCGGAGGAAUUGCAAUUCCAAUGGCGGUAUACCAAUGGACUACUUGCAGUCAUUUUCUCUUUUGGGCUAAUUGUCACUGCAGUUAAAAGCAGAAAAGCAAGAACAUGGCGAUAUGGAUCAAGGAGGCUGCGAGGCUUUAUUGCAGAUUAUGGUGUUCCAGUGAUGGUAGUGUUGUGGACUGCAGUAUCUUAUAUAAUGCCCGAUGACAUUCCAAAUGGUGUUCCUAGAAGGCUGUUUUGUCCACUUCCCUGGGAACCUGCAUCUCUUUAUCACUGGACAGUAGUGAAGGAUAUGUGGAAGGUACCCGUGGUUUAUAUAUUUGGGGCAAUUAUUCCAGCUUUGAUGAUAGCAGGUUUAUACUUUUUCGAUCAUAGCGUGGCCUCUCAGAUGGCACAACAGAAAGAAUUCAACCUUCAAAAGCCAUCUGCCUACCAUUAUGAUGUUUUCCUACUUGGAAUAAUGACUCUGAUUUGUGGCCUCCUUGGCCUUCCUCCUUCAAAUGGAGUCCUUCCACAGUCUCCCAUGCAUACAAAGAGUUUGGCAGUUCUUAGGAGGCAGCUGAUCCGAAAGAGGGUUGUGAAAAGCGCCAAGGAAUGCAUGGAACAACAGAGUACCAGCUCUGAAUUAUAUGGAAAAAUGCAAGCUGUGUUCAUUGAAAUGGAUACAGCCCCUACCGUUAAAGAAUUGGAGACUUUGAAAGAAGCUGUAAUGAAAUCUGAUACCAAGGGUUGUGCAAUGGAACCUUUUGAUCCUGAGAAAUACAUAGAUACUUAUUUACCAGUCCGAGUUAAUGAACAAAGAAUGACCAACUUAUUGCAGUCCCUCCUGAUUGGUUUAUCGAUAAUAGGCAUCUCUGUUAUCAAAAGGAUACCAACCUCGGUUUUAUGGGGAUAUUUUGCUUACAUGGCAAUAGAUAGUCUUCCGGGGAAUCAGUUCUGGGAAAGGAUAUUGCUCCUCUUUGUCACCCCAAGCCGGCGUUUCAAAAUAUUGCAAGAUACACAUGCCUCAUUUGUGGAGACAGUACCAUUCAAGACCAUAGCUGGAUUUACAGCCUUACAGUUGGCAUAUUUUCUGUUCUGUUUCGGGGUCACAUGGAUACCGAUAGGUGGAAUAUUGUUUCCGCUACCAUUCUUCCUUCUCAUAAUUCUAAGAGAACGCCUCCUUCCAAAGAUAUUCAAGCCUAACCAUCUUCAGGAACUUGAUGCUUCUGAGUAUGAGGAAAUUAUUGGCGCUCCAUGUGCUGUACGUAGUAUGUCACUCAGGGAUAGGGAGCCACGUGAUAGUGAUAAUGAUGGAAGCUCGGAAGAUUACUAUGAUGCAGAGAUAUUGGAUGAGAUGACAACCAACAGGGGAGAGUUGAAACUUAGAACUGUAAGCUUCAAUGAUCGAAACCGCAGCAACAGCUUUAAUGAUCGAAACCACAGUAACAGCUUCAAUGAUCGAAACCACAGUAACAGCUUCAAUGAAGACAGACACAAUUAAAUUUGACCUGGAGGUGCUGUCUGAAUAUUACAAAUUUUAGGAUGCAGAAAAGGUUUUGAUUUAAUUGUAUCAUCCUCUGAAGAGGACUGCUCUCACGAUUCUUUUGUAAUCAAUCAGUUAAGCUUGAAGAUGAUCUUCUUUGGAACAAGAAAGGAUUCAAUUGGUGAAAGAGAAUAAUAGCAAAAAGGAACAAAGAAAUGGAAAAAUUCAUUUGAACUUUGAAAUGGGUUUCAAAUAUAUUAGUAGGAAAAUUACAUUGAAAUAUUGAGAUCAAUGGUCAUUUCCUUCCUUAGUUGGCUAUGAAGUUUACAAAAAAACAAAAGGAGUUAGGUUGGGGGGAAAAGAUGGUACGAGAGUGAAAGGACAAGAAAGAAAAAAAAAGACGGGGGAGCAAGGAAUGAGACAAAUGAAGCAUACUAUUAUUCUUCAAAUUUUUUUGUUAAGAAUUUUUUUUCUGUUGGCAAAAUACCAUAAUACCAAUAAAGUUUUUUGAGAGGAUAAUCACUA